AUGGGCAAACCUGUCACUGCGCCAAGCUCCGAACCGGCCGGUUCGAAGGGUUCCAAUCGCAACGGGACUAGCAAUUCUGCAUCCGCAUCAACCACAACCACAAGUUCAAGUACAACCACAAGCUCAAAUACAACUUCAAGCACAGGCACAACCACAACCACAGCAUCCGCGUCAUCCACGCCAUCCACAGCCACGAGUAGUGGCACAUCGUCCACGGCGUCGAGUUCCGCCCUGGGCCCAAGAAGGUUCCGAGGAGAUGUGCCGGCCUUUAAUCCCAGCCUGCCGCUGAUCUACACGCAGCAGAUGUAUCAGAACCUGCCGCAGCACUCGCGGCAGCAGCAGUUUUAUCCGCAGCAGCCGUAUAUGUAUACCAACCAGAUGAUGGGGUACUACCCCAUGGCCGUAGGCUACGACUAUAAUCCGUAUCCCCAGCCGAUGUAUUACGCACCCAUGCCCAACCAGUUCCAUGGCCAGGGGUAUAUGAACAUGGGGCUGCCGGUGUAUUAUUCCGGCAGUCCGAACAUGAGCUCUCUGGCUCCUCGUAAAAAGUACUCUAAAGAUGGCUACCAUCAUAAUUCUUCCGGAUACCAUAGUUCCGAGACACUUGCAUCGUCUGACAGUAUACCGUCGAAAGAGGCAGGCAUACUGUCGAAGGAGCCCGUGUCAAAUCCCAGCUCUAGUUCUGUACCUGGUUCUAGUUCUGGGGCUGCUUCCGGUCUGAGCGUGGGGACUCUAAGGCCUCUGUCCGAGGGCAAGAGCCACACUGCUGCACCACCAAAACUGGCCCCAUCGGCCGUUUCAGCGCCCGCAGAGCCAUCCUCAUCCUCUCAGCCACAAAAAGACGCUACCAUAGAGACCAAAGACUCGGUCUCAGAAGCAAACGCCCAAACUCCAGCCGAAAACCAAACGCAGUCCUCUCAAAAGUCACCGGAAAACGUCAAUAAUGGCUCUGAUGUCACCCUCCCACUUUUCUUUCUGACUUCCAAGGACGAGUUUUUGGCUGAUCACGAGUUGGCUGCUGCAUUCAGCCGCAAGCUUCUAAAAUCCAAAACCUCCUAUUUCGAUACCUUCGUGGCAGACAACCAUUUCGCCAUCAACGCCAAGGGUUUGGAAUACAUCGUCAACCAUGACACUGGUAGCAAGUACUACAAACACAUCCACGACGCCGAAAGCAACGACACCUCCAAACCCUCCUCUAACGCUAAUGACACUAAUGACUCCGCAUCCACCUCUGCCGCUUCGACUCCAAAAGCUCCUCUUGCAUGGUCCGCCGUCUUGCAGUCCGCAGACAACAAGACCAAACGGCGCGAAGGCGAACUGGCAAGCACAUCCAACGGCCACGCUUCCAAGGCCUCCUUGGUAGCCAAAUCGGCCCUGAAAAGCAGCAUAAUACCUGAAGACUCCGACGCACCCCAAACACUCGGAUUGCUCAUGAUGCAAUAUAUAUUCGAUCCUACAUUCAAGUUCGAUCACCAUGACAUCUUCUCUCAAAAGCCCCGUGGUCUCACAAACUCAGGUAACAUCUGCUACAUGAACGUUAUACUCCAAUGUCUUAUAUUCCUUGAGCCUUUUGCAUCUUUGUUUCACCUUAUAGAAAGCAGAUCCAUUGGCAGCAUGGGUGCAGACUCUCCUACACCUCUUAUAGAUGCUACCAUCAAUUUCCUCAAGGACUAUUCGACCAUCCCUCCUGCCAAGAAAUCCAGUGGAGGUUCCUUCAACAGCGACGGUAUUGUGGUAGGAAAACCACUCUCGCCCGAGCCAUUCUAUCAGAAAUUAAUCGAAAACCCCAAGUUCCAACACCUUUCUUGGGGACAACAGGAAGAUGCAGAAGAGUUUUUGGGCUAUGUCUUGGAUGGGCUUCACGAGGAGUUUGUAAAAGCGGAGGCCAGUAUACCCUUGGACCAGAUGGAGAAGAUCUCCGAUAUCUAUGCUACGAGAGCCAACCUGGUUGUUGCGCCCACCUUGAAGGCAUCGAUUCUCAAGGCAGCACGCCUCGUCAGAUCCAGCGGAUCGGAGCAUGUAGAAGAAAGCGAAGUCCUGAACGAAACCGACAGCAGCAACGGAUGGUCUGAAGUCGGCAGUGGACGCAAGGUCUGCAAAAAGCGGGUAGUAGAGGUGCAGCCCUCGCCCAUCACAUCCUUGUUUGGGGGACGGUUCCGCAGUGUGUUGACCGUCCCCAAGAGCAAAGAGCAACAACUGAUCACCCUUGAUCCCUUCAGAUGCAUUCUGUUGGAUAUUUCGCUGGAGGAUGUCCAGAAAGUCGAGGAUGCCCUUUGGAAGUUCAACGAGAUCGAAAAGAUCCCCUACAAAAUCGACGCCGACAGAGAGGUUGUCGCCAAAAAGCAGACAUUCAUUGAUGAGUUGCCCGAGGUGAUGAUUCUCCACCUCAAGAGAUUCUCGUACCUGAGCGACACCUCAUCUUCGACGCAGCCACACGGAAGCGACAACAACGGCCUGGAGCCCGAGUUGCGGUCGUAUGGCACCAUUGAGAAGGUGAUGAAGAACAUUCUGUACGGACUCAAUUUGUCUGUGCCUACGGAGAGUCUCCUGAGCUCGCUCAAAAGAGAGAACACUAAUAACUACAGCUUGACGGCGGUCAUCUACCAUCACGGACGGAACGCCGAGGGCGGACACUAUACAUGCGACGUCUUACGGCCCGGCAAAAGAUGGCUUCGCAUUGACGACACUGCUGUUGAAGCCAUCGAUGCGGAGGAUGUUCUUGAGAUGACGGAGCGGGACAAGAGCGCUUACAUUUUGAUGUACCAACGGAAGAAGACCAAUUGA